GGCUUACUUAUUAACAGAACAUUUCUGUGUAGUGUGUAGUACUAAUAAAUUUAUGCUGCUUGUCAGAAAAGUUCCUAAAAAGCUCAAAUGAGUUCCAGAAUGAAAUUUGAUCCCAUGGGAAAAAGAAGAAAGAGCACAAAUCAAGGAAAGAAAGCACAUGCUCUUGGUGAUCAUAAACAACUAGAUCAGAGUUUGGAUGAAGAUCCUGAGGCCAUCCUGGGCUUGGAGCAGCCAGUGGCUGAGCUUCCAGGAGUUCCACAUGAAGCAUUGAAUGAUCUUCCUGGUCCUUCCUUCAUAUCCCUAGCAAGCGGUACAGCCAACUUAGUUUGUCGGAUGAACAAAGAAGACCCGGAUAAAACCAAUGAUGAAGAUCUUGGUAAAACUGAUGAUGAAGACCUUGGUAGAACUGAUGAUGAGGAUAUAGAUGAUGGAGAGGAAGCAGAAGAUGAGGAGGCCGAAGACGAGUGUGGGGAUGAUGAGGCUCGUCUUCCCUCCAACCUCCCCAACAGGGAGGAACUCAUGAAGCGACUCAUGAAUGACUCCAUUUCUUUCUCUGAACUGACAGCAAUGAUGGGAGGAGAAGAAACCGAAGCAGAUGAGACAGCAUCAGUUAGCACUGCGACCAGAACGUCUGUCUCUGAGCGAGACGGCAAAAGUGCGGCGGUCACCAAGCCUGUGUCGUCCGCGGAGCAUUUCGAGCAGGAGCUGGACAUGCAGAGGCAGCAGCGCCGGCGUCGCGGCAGAGCGCGGGGCGUGCGAGGCCGGGGCACCCGCCUGCACCCAACCUUAGCCGCCCUCAUGGGGCAGGCUAACUUGUGCGUGGGGCACAGCGACACCAAUGAGGCCAUUAAAAUGUGUCUUGAGAUCAUCAGGCAGUUUCCAAACUCUCAUUUGCCUUACGAGACAUUAGCGAUGAUAUACGAGGACCAGCGGCUGCAGAACAAGUCGCUGCAGUUCCAGCUGAUGGCAGCGUUCCUGUCGCCUCUGCCGGACAAGUGGGUCGAGCUCGCUGAGUACUACAAAGAUCAGGACGAGCUGGAGCAGGCCGUGUACUGCUACAGCCGGGCCAUCAAGCAGUCCCCGGCGACGCUGUCUUACCACUGGUCCCGCGUAGAGCUGCUCGAGAGGCUUGGUAAUCAGGCCCGCGCCCUCCGCAGCUAUACUUACAUGCUCAAGUUCCUCAAGCCUGACCAGGCCAAGGGUGGCCUGAGGCUGGCGAGGGAGAUCGCCAAGAUUCACUUCAGCCAGCAGAACUACAGCGGCGCGCGGCACGCCCUGGAGACGGCGUUCGUGCUUUACUCAAAGCACGUAACGCACGAGCACGUCAACCUGCUGCUCGACGUGCUGGUCACACAGAAGGACUACAAGGGUGGCUUGGCUGUCCUCUGCACCUAUGCUGGCGUUAAGUUCUCUAAACUGGGCAGUGACGGCGAGGCGCAGGAGGUGCCGCCCUCGGACGACAAGCCCGAGGGCUGCGUGUGCUCAGUGGGUGAUGACCUGCCCAUGGACCUCCGCUCUAAACUCGCCGUCUGUCUCGUCAUGACGGGCGCCUUCGAGGUCGCGCAGCCCGUCGUCGAGGCCUUGAUGAAGGAGUCCACGGAGGUGUACGGCGACCUGUACAUGGACGUGGCAGAAGCUUUCCUCAGCAUGAAGCACGGCCGCUCGGCGCUGUCGCUGCUGCAGCCGCUGCUGCGCUGCCCCCACCACGGCAGCGCGGCUAACACCUGGCGCCUCUACGCCGAGGCGUUGCUCAUGGCUGACAAAGUCAGCAACUCCGAAGACGCCGUCAACGCAUACUAUAAGGUCGUCGAGUUUGCACCCGAGAACGCAAUGGCUCGCCUCACUCUCGCCGCCAUCCUGCACGAGCAGCGCCAGACGCAGGCCGCCCUGCUGCUGCUCGACCAGGACCCUUCAGAGCGUCCACUCGAUUGCCAGGUGCUGUACAGCAGAUGUGGGCUGCUGCUUGAGUGCGGACUUGUGGACGAGUUCGUAGAAAAUGCCAAGUUGCUUUUGGCCAAACAUUUUGUGCGCGUGAGGUCGCGCGAUGAGGCCGAGGUUUUAAUAAACAAUAAGAAAGCUUCCAACAAGCUGGAUGCGCUCAGAGAACUACGUGAGUCUAAGGGCGAGCCAGCCGAGGACCGGGAGCCGCGAUACACUGACACGCAGGUGCCGCUCAAGGAUCAGUGGCAGCUCUUCUGCAACGCGUGUCGUAUUCUCUACCGCAGUAAAAGAUUCUCCGACUUAGAGGCUUUGGUUUAUGGGGCCUUGGGAUCGCGGCUUCUAGCUAAGAAAUACGGCCGAGAGGUAGAAUUCCUCUGCCUGCAGGCAUCAAUGGCCAACAGUAAUUCACACUUUGCAUUCAAUUUGAUGAGAGAUAUCGUCGUUCGGUCACCGCAACUACCGAGAGCCUGGAACCUUCUCAACCAAGUGAUCAGUCGGGCGAACGACUUCAGGCACAACAGGUUCCUAUUGCGGCUGUCGCAGAAGCAUCCCGAGAUUCUGGCUUGUUCUAUGCUCAAUGGCCACAACUGUUUGGUGGCAGGGACGUACAAAUACUCGCUUGCAGAAUACAUGAAGGUAUUCAAGCGACGUCAACAUGAUCCUCUAGCCUCGUUAAUGUUAGGUCUCACCUACAUUCACAUGGCAUGUCAGAAGUUCAGCGCCGACAAGAAUACACUCGUCACACAAGCCUGGGUUUUCCUCAACAGCUAUCGAGAGCUUAGAGGCGACUGUCAGGAGUCUCUGUACAACAUUGGACGAGCAAUGCACCAACUCAAUGUCCUGCACCAAGCCAUUUAUUAUUAUGAACUAGCUUUAAGUUGUCCAAGGCCCGUACAAGAAGAGGGGCAGCCAUGCAUGGACUUAACUCACGAGAUCGCCUUCAGCCUAGCCCUGCUCUACAAGAAAAACAGUCCUAGUUUAGCGCGCUACUACACACAGAAAUAUAUCACCGUAUGAGGCAUCUUGUGAUCGUUUGAAGUUCUUGUCAAUUCAGCGUGUCCGUGACAAUGACAAGACACCACACAAUCAAACAACGAAUGUCACGCUGGUAAGUCACCCUACAAAACUGGCUGCAGGUUUCGGGCGCCAUGGACUCGUGUACAGAUUUUCAUGCCCGAGAUAAUAUUUUGUAUAAGUAUCGUUUGUAUAGCCUUCAAUUCAUAGAGUUCCUGCAUCAGAUCGAAGUUCACAUUAAAAUGUUUCAUGCCUUUGAACUUAGUUUUGUCGGGAGGUGAUUACCCACUACCUAGCCUAUAUAUAGUUGCGGGUCUGCCAUCGAGAAUAUAUUUUUUAGGUGAAGGUUUUUCAUCACUAGAUUAUGAUGCUAACCCAUUACUACAUGUUAACUUUCAACAAAGUUAAAAUUGAGGUAGCGUUACAUGUAACAUAGCAAGGAGUCUCAAAUGAAAGACCGACCUAUGUACAAAGAUUUAAUUAAUUGUCACUUUGAUCACAGACGUUUGAUGCACAUGCAAGAAAUUGUAGACAUGGGUAACGACACUCAUGGCCGUAAUUCAGAGAAUGUGUUACUCCUCGAGACAGCCAACAGUUUUCUGAACAGGAUUAGACAUGUUUCUCUAAAAAAGUAGCAGGAAGAAGGGAAGCGAUGAAACUGACAUGAACAUAGCCGCUCUAAAAUAACCGCAACUUGACAAAAAAGAUGGGAAAUUGUAUUGUCCUUAUCAACAAGACGUAACUACCAGCGGGCCACAAGUUAGGUGACCCAUAAAUGAAUGUGCAGGUUUACAGAAAAUCUAUAAUGGAAUGUUGUAAGGGAAUGAAAUGUGUAUUAGUACAAAAUUCAUUCCUCGCCAACCUGUGGGGCUUUAAAUAUUAAAUGUAAUGAGAGUCAUGAACAAAUAACGAGCUCAGCAGAUGCCGUUCCAUCGCUCGCGUCUGAGAUCCAGGCAAGCGAUGGGAGGACACCUACUGGUAGCUUAAAAUCGUUCAAAUAUGAACUUAUCGUUAAAAA